AUCGCAAUAUCGGAAUAGACGCAAUGACGCUGAGACGCAGAAUGGGCGCUUACGUUGCUAAGAACGACUGCAAAAUAAAAUAUCGAAAAAUUUAUUUAAAAAAAAUGGAUUUAGUACCAGAAAACUCCUCCGUGAGAACAGCAGGCGGCUGGCUGAAAUGGAAUGAAAUGGAGUGCCGCGCUAGAGAACCUGCUGAUUGACGUAUGGCAGGAGAAAAUUGAGGUUAGGACAAAGCUCGAAAAUAUGACCAAAAAAUACAGGUAAAUAUUAUUGAGUCUGCCAAAUAAAAUAUUGUGGAACCCAAUAUUUUUUUUGUAUACUUUGCCGGAUUGAACAAAAUAAAAUUGGACCGAGUGGGGGUGCCCCAUCUGCACUUCGAUAAGGUGAACUAAUUUCUGGGGUGCUACCCUAUAAACAACAUGGAGCAGAGCACAUUGGACAACGGCAAUAUUGGUGAGUACUUUUCGAAAAUUAUCGAGAUAGACCUGGACGGAUCUUGUCGCUCCAGCACCUUGUAUGGGCUUCCGCCAAAGAAACAAAAAAAGAACGACAUUUCGUGGCUGGCAGAGAUCGCCCAGGAACGUUUCGAAGAACAAAGGGACCACCACAGAAAGAAGGAAGAGCGCUACGUUAGGCAGGAGAAGAUGGUGCAGGACUUAAUCAGCACCCAAACCAAAUUCCAAAACGAGUUUUUAAUUUUCAUUACGGUCUACACAAUAUUUUGCGAUUGCAGAUCGUAUCUGUUGCUGCUAUCGGGCUGUUCGCGCGGCUCAUUUGUUGCAAGCUCCCAAUUUUCAUUAAUCGCGCUGUUUUACAUAUUUAAUAUAUUGUGUAAAAUACAACAGCUCGUUAUUCUGGCGGUAUUAUUUUUGUUGUGGCUAUCAAGACCUUUUCCGAUAAUUCGAAAUCUGGCUUUUUCCACCACUCGCCUAGCUUUGGAAAGGUAGUAGUUAAACGUGCGCUGAUCCAAAG